GAUCGUGUGAUCUGCUCUUUUAGGAAAUAUCAAAAGCAGCUCAUGCGCAUUGCAUCUUUCACAAUUGUGAGCACGACACGACAAUCAACAUCUCCCGGGAAGAAGCGCGGGCUUAAUCAUGUUGGCGACUAUUGCGGUCUUUUUCCCGCCCACACCGACGGCGUACGCGACUCUCCUGAACGCGUUCCAAUGGGCUCCUCUGUUCACCAUCGGGAUGUGGUUCAGCGACCAUCACCCCUGUGGCAAGUUCUCCAGACCCUCAGGCUACAAUAUCAACGGGCGUGUCGCAUGGGCAGUCAUGGAGUCCGUGGGUCCUCUCCACAUGCUGUACCUGGUCUGGAAUUUCUCGCGUCAGUUCUCGAUUCAGGAACUCCCGAUAUGGAAUGCUGUGAUGGUGCUCUUGUACUGCGUCCACUAUGUGAAUCGGGCGUACAUUGGGCCGCUAUUGGUGGCUCCUAGCAUCUCGCCGGUCGGUAUUGAGAUCUUUCUCAUGGUGUGCUGGCACAAUUGGUUCAACACCGCGUGCCUCACGCCUUGGAUCAUGGGAUAUCACACUUCGAUUUUGGGGUUCGAUGGCCUUGCUACCAUCUCGACGGAAACCUCCAAAUCGGUUGCCUCUCAAACUAUUCCUUACAUUGGAUUGGCCCUAUUCGUGUUGGGCAUGACCAACAACAUCUUGGCGGAGCACCGACUCUGGCGCAUGAGAAGAGAAGAAGGCCAACGUCGUGCGCAAGUCUCCUCGUCAAAAGGCGUGCCAGCAUCUGGAAACAUCUACCACAAGGUCUACGUUAUACCCCCGGCCGACGGCUUGUUCCGAUACUGUCUCUACCCGCACUAUCUCUGGGAGUGGAUCGAAUGGCUGGGUUUCGUGCUCGUUGGCGUGGCAGUUCAAACGACCAUCGCGCCUACGGGUGCGAUGCAGAGUCCCGCCCUCAGGCUCGCGCCAUGGAAUUUACCAUUCGCCUGGGCAGCGCAGUAUUUCAACACGGCACUUCCGUUGGCACCGCUGGCCUACGUAAUCAACUUCAUCGCGUGCAUGCCGCCGCAGGCUCGGCGCGGGCUGCGUUGGUACAAGAAGGAGUUUGGCGAGGAGGCGGUCGCGGGCCGAUCGGCGAUCGUGCCUGGCAUUUCGUGGUGGUGAGGAGAAAGCGUCGAGGUCUCGAGGUGUUCCGUCGUGAGCCCGCCCGGCCUCCAGGGCUUCAGGGCUCCAGGCUCCAGGGCUCCAGGCUGUACCGGAUUUUAGGGUUGGGCGGUUUUUGCCCGUUGGGGUUAACUUGCUGUCUUGCCAUCGCGAUACAACGUACACAUGCUUUUCUUCAGGUUUCACUCUUGAAUUGCACGAAGUUUACUUGAGAC